CAACCUUCCCAGUCCGCGCACCCCUUCCAGUUUUGACUCGAAAAGUAGCUGAUGUGCGGUUCGCAGACUGCAGGUUUCAACUUGUCUGUUUGUUUUGUUUGUGUAAAACCCGACCGACGGAGUUUAUAAAGUUUAUAAACAGGGCCACGGAAGGAAGGAGCUCGUGAGCGGGCGGGGCGGCGGAAAGUGUCAGAUAGGGAGGGGGGUUUCCUCAGACAGCAGGAAUGAUUAACUAAUAAGACGCAAUUAAUUAACCUCUGUGAAUCUGUCCGCUUCGAUGUACCGUGCUUUUUGGACCGUAAUGGCAGUUUAUGUAUCAAGAUCAGCGUUGCGAUAAGGAGAGCAGCACAUGGAGGAGGAGGAGGCGGACGGUAAUGGGCAGGAAGAACAGAAUGCUGAUGACCCUGCUUUUUCUCGUGCCAGCCUUGGGGCACAGAACCAGUCUCAGCACUGCCAGGAGCCCUACACACAAGAAGACCAGGACCUUCCUAUCAUGCACUGGGAGGACUUGAGUUUGCGAAUAGCCGAGCUCGAGAAACAGGAGGAAGAGAGGAGGAAAAAAGCUGAGUCCAUGGGUUUAACAGACCAACAACCAGUGCCAGGACCCUGGCCUCAUGUAAAGCACCAGUCACAUAAUAGAAAGCAGUGGGAAGAUGCAGGUGAUCUUGGAGGACACCGUUUUCCAUGCAUUACAUCUCGGUUUAACAGUCCUAAAAAGCUACAGCUGUGUUUUAUCAACGACAGUGAGAGCGAUCAAGAGGGUGAUGAAGCGGCAUCCUUCAAAGAGAGGCCACAUGAUUCACAGGGACAGGGGAGACAAUCUGCCGGCCUGAAACAGGAAGUGAGAGCAGCUUUGAGUGCGCUCCGAGAUAAGCUUUGGGCUGAGCAGAGGCAGCAACAGCAGCUGAGCCACAAGGAGGUGAGCUUUAGGAGAAGAAAGCUUAGCCAUAGUGACCUGCAAACCUGCUCUGUGCUUCAGCUAAAUGCCCUCAGGACUUCACUCCAUGAAGACAUUCAGGAUCUGAGCUCGGAAUUAGUGAAGCAUCUGGUGGUGAGGGACAAUCUACGGACAAAGCAAGAUGCCAUGCUCCUAGACGUACAGGAUAUGACAUCACUGUGACUCACUUCAAGCAAUAAUAAGCCUAUACAGUGUCUUGCAGAAGUAUUCAUCCCACUGGUGUUUGUCCUGUUUUGUUGCAUUACAAGCUGGAAUUAAAAUGGAUUUUUGUGGGGUUAGCACCAUUUGAUAUACACAACAUGCCUACCACUUUAAAGGUGCAAAUUGUUUUUUUAUUACAACGCAAACAAUAAUUAAGAUGAAAAAACAAAUGCGGAAUGCGCAUAGGUAUUCAACCCCCCCCCAAAGUCAAUAUUUUGUAGAGCCACCUUUUGCUGCAAUUACAACUGCAAGUCUCUUGGGGUAUGUCUCUAUUAGCUUAGCGCAUCUAGCCACUGGGAUUUUUGCCCAUUCCUCAAGGCAAAACUGCUCCAACUCCUUCAAGUUAGAUGGGUUGCGUUGGUGUACAGCAAUCUUCAAAUUAUGCCACACAUUCUCAAUUGGAUUGAGGUCUGGGAUUUGACUAGGCCAUUCCAAGACAUUUAAAUGUUUCCCUUUAAACUACUCCAGUGUAGCUUUAGCAGUAUGUUUAGGGUCAUUGUCCUGCUGGACCCUGAACCUUCAUCCCAGUCUCAAACCUCUGGCUGACUCAAACAGGUUUUCCUCCAGAAUUGCCCUGUAUUUGGUACCAUCCAGCCUUCCUUCAGUCCUGACCAGCUUUCCUGUCCCUGCAGAUGAAAAAUAUCCCCACAGCAUGAUGCUGCCACCACCAUGCUUCACUGUAGGAAUGGUGUUCUCAGGGUGUUGGGUUUGCGCCACACAUGGCAUUUCCCAUGAUGGCCAAAAAGAUCAAUUUUAGUCUCAUUUGACCAGAGAAUCUUCUUCCAUGUGUUUGGGGAGUCUGCCACAUGCUGUUGGGCAAACUCCAAAUGUGUUUUCGUAAGCAAUGCCUUUUUUCUGGCCACUCUUCCAUAAAGCCCCACUCUGUGGAGUGUAUGGCUUAAAGGGGUCCUAUGAACAGAUACUCCCAUCUCCGCUGUGGAUCUUUGCAGCUCCUUCAGUGUUAUCUUUAGUGUUUGUUGCAUCUCUGAUUAAUGCCAUCCUUGCCCGGUCUGUGAGUUUUGGUGGGCGGCCUUCAGGUUUGUAGUGGUACCAUAUUCUUUCCGUUUUGCUAUAAUGGAUUUAAUGGUGCUCCCUGGGAUAUUCAAAGUUUGGGAUAUAUUUUAUAACCCAACCCUGAUCUAUACUUCUCCACAACUUUGUCUCUGACCUGUUUGGAGGCUCCUUGGUUUUCAUGUUGCUUGCUUAGUAGCGUUGCAGAGUCAGGGUCCUUCCAGAACAGGCUGAUUUAUACAGACAUCAUGUGACAGAUCGUGUGACACUUUGAUUGCACACAGGUGAAUCUUAAUCAGCUAAUUACGUGACUUAUGAAGUGAAUUGGUUGGACCAGCUCUUAUUUAGGGGUUUCAUACAAAAGGGGGUGAAUACUUAUGCACACUCCAGAUUUCUGUUUUUUCAUCUUAAUUAUUUUUUGUGUCACAGUAAAACAACAAUGUGC